UUUCCUCCCCAAAACAAAGCCCAAAUCCAAGAGGGAGGCAAAGGGGAGGCAGCCGGCAGCCAUUACUCCUCCAGUCCUCACUCCCACCCGCCACCACCACCGCAGCAGCUGCUGCUGGGGACGCCUGCAAGUACAGGAGGAUAUCCGCUUCCAUUACUGAGCGGCGGCGGCGGGUCAGCAGCAGCAGGAGCCAGCAGAGGGUUCGAUUCCGGGGGCGCAAUAAAUUCCCCACGCACCCAUGGCACGGAGGGCCGCCUCCUCGCUCGUCUCCCGCUGCCUCCUCGCCAACAGGGCCGCGGCCUCUGCCGGCGCCGCGCCCGCUGUCCCCUCCGCGCUCCGCAGGCCAGUUGGGACGCGCGGGCUGUUGCCAGGGGUCCUUCAGAGGUUCAGCACGGCAGCUGUAGCAGAGGAGCCCAUCUCGCCCCCAGUCCAAGUGAACUACACAAAGCUCCUCAUCAAUGGCAACUUCGUUGAUUCCGCAUCCGGCAAGACCUUCCCAACUCUGGACCCUCGUACGGGGGAGGUGAUUGCUCAUGUGGCUGAAGGUGACGCAGAGGACGUUAACCGUGCUGUUGCUGCAGCCCGCAAGGCUUUUGAUGUGGGGCCAUGGCCAAAGAUGACAGCAUAUGAGAGGUCCCGUAUCCUGCUGCGAUUUGCUGAUUUGAUCGAGAAGCACAAUGACGAGCUUGCUGCUUUGGAGACAUGGGACAAUGGGAAGCCAUACGAGCAAGCUGCCCACAUUGAAGUACCGAUGGUGGCCCGUCUUAUGCGUUACUAUGCUGGUUGGGCUGAUAAGAUCCACGGGCUUGUUGUUCCGGCUGACGGUCCACACCAUGUACAGGUCUUGCACGAGCCAAUUGGUGUUGCAGGUCAGAUCAUCCCAUGGAACUUCCCACUUCUGAUGUUUGCCUGGAAAGUUGGCCCUGCUUUGGCAUGUGGGAACACUCUUGUACUCAAGACUGCUGAACAAACUCCUCUAUCGGCUUUGUAUAUCUCCAAGUUGUUGCAUGAGGCUGGACUUCCUGAGGGUGUCGUGAAUGUCGUCUCUGGUUUUGGUCCUACUGCUGGUGCUGCUCUUGCUAGUCACAUGGAUGUUGAUAAGCUUGCAUUCACUGGAUCUACCGACACCGGAAAAAUUGUUCUUGAGUUAGCCGCAAGGAGCAACCUUAAGCCAGUGACACUGGAGUUAGGAGGCAAAUCUCCUUUUGUCAUCAUGGACGAUGCUGAUGUUGACCACGCUGUUGAGCUUGCUCACUUUGCCCUGUUCUUUAACCAGGGACAAUGCUGCUGUGCUGGAUCUCGCACGUUUGUACAUGAACGUAUUUAUGAUGAGUUCGUGGAGAAGUCCAAAGCUCGUGCAUUGAAGCGCGUCGUUGGCGAUCCAUUCAGGAAAGGUGUAGAACAGGGCCCUCAGAUUGAUGAUGAGCAAUUUAACAAGAUCUUGCGCUACAUUAGAUCUGGUGUUGACAGUGGAGCUACCCUUGUCACUGGUGGUGAUAGGUUGGGUGACAAAGGUUUCUACAUCCAACCAACGAUUUUCUCAGAUGUGCAGGAUGGCAUGAAGAUUGCUCAAGAAGAGAUAUUUGGGCCUGUCCAAUCGAUCCUCAAGUUCAAAGAUCUGAAUGAGGUUAUCGAGAGGGCAAAUGCAAGCCAAUACGGAUUGGCCGCUGGUGUGUUCACCAAGAGCUUGGACACGGCCAACACCCUGACACGGGCACUCAGGGUCGGUACCGUCUGGGUGAACUGCUUCGACGUCUUCGACGCCGGGAUCCCCUUCGGUGGGUACAAGCAGAGUGGCAUCGGGAGGGAGAAGGGCGUCGACAGCCUGAAGAACUACCUGCAAGUGAAGGCCGUUGUCACCCCUAUCAAGAAUGCCGCCUGGUUGUAGGUGUUGCAUGUGUGUGACCCUACUGACAUGGACUGGGAAGUCCAUUUCCUCUCUACAUCCCGAACAAUGUGAAGAUGGCGAUAGUCGGAUCGAUGACGAUGAAGAAGGUGAAGAACAACCCUAAUAAGAUUUGCCCUAAUAAGCCCUUCUGGUUGGUGCCUAUCUUGUGUAAUUGGUUCCUCUCUUUUGCUUUUGAGACACAAGACUGUUAUAUUGUAGCAACGGAUUUGUGUUCAUUAUGAAAAAGAAGUUGGAUAAUAUUUGCGAUGGAC